UAACAUCCAGUGCACAUUCUUCUUAUUUUUUUUUUUCAGCAGUAUACAUUAUUUUUAGCAUAUAUAUUAGUUUCAGUAACAAUGAGAUUUAUAACCUCUUCAUCAAAAAAUAACAUAAAUGUAUCAUUAGCAGAAAUAUUUUUUGGCAAAUCUAAUUGUAAACCAGAUUUUCCUAUGAAAUCAAAACAUAUAUGUCUACCUUCAUAAGCAUUCCAUUGAACAUCACUAACCUCAUAACAUUCACACUCGAGUAUUUUGUCAUUUUCAAUAUUUUCUGUAGUUUCUUCUGACUGUAAAUCUUGAAGAAAUUGUUGCAGAUUUUCUUCAUCUGCAUUCAAGGAAGGACUAUAAUUUGGAUCAUUUAUUGAAUCAUCUGAACUAUAGUCUUCGUGCUUUUCAUCAGAUGUGUUUAUAUUUUCAGCAAUGUUUUUUAAUUCACUUUCACUUAGAAUCUUUCGUUUUGUCAUUAUUUGUAGAUAUUUACAAAUUAUUAUAAAUAUUAUUUAUUUUAUGUUCUUUAUAAAGAAAUAGUCACAGUAACAAGGUGUUAUUCGGUAAAUGCUACACGUACCACUGAUUCCUACACAAUGCGUUCAACGCUGUGUUCAAAACAACAGGUUAAUACUUGUUGUAUCUUGUUUGGAUGUGUUAGACAUAUAAGACUGACACGGCUUGUCGAGAAAAAAAGUUUUAAUAUAGGGCCAUGUCAGUCAUAUAUGUGUGACAUAAAAAGUAGUGUUUUUCUGGGAAUUUUGGCAAAAAAAAUUUUUUUCUGUGAUACAUUAAGUUUCCUUGAUACAUUUUUAACUAAAUUAUCUAAUAAAGUUACCAUGGCUUAUGUGAAAAAUUUUUCUGAUUUUAUCGUGGCAAUUAACGUUUUAAAAUCUCUAAAUUUUUUAAAGGUACUAUGCUGCUCAUCCUGGGGAGCAGACAAAGUUUCUAUGCUUAGGAUUUAUAGGGCCCUUGUCCGCUCUAAGCUGGAUUACGGUUGCAUUGUUUAUGCCCCUGUGCGAGAAUCUACUCUUUGGAUGCUGGAUCCAAUUUAUUAUCAAGCACUACGUUUGUGUACUGGUGCUUUUCGAACUUCUCCUGUACAAAGCUUGUAUGUGGAUGCUUAUGAGCCUCCACUAUCUCUCAGGAGAAAACAGUUGUCUCUAUUUUACUAUAUAAAACAGAAAUCUCACACUAAACCUUCAGUUGAUUGUAUAGUAUCAGAUACUCAGCUGAAAAGGUUAUUUGAAGCUCGCCCAAGCAGUGUCUCAUCAUUUGCCGUAAGAAUGGAGAAUGUGACCAGCACAAUUGAUCUAAACACAGGCAACAUUUCCCAGCUAGAGGUCUGUAGUAUAUCACCUUGGUCAACUCCUUUGAUAAGUGUUGACCUUAGCUUAAAGCAAUUUCCUAAGGAAUCCACCCCAGACUAUGUCUACAGACAGCACUUUGUAGAAAUUCAACAUCGUGACAGAAAUUUAAUUCCUAUUUAUACAGAUGGAUCUAAAUCUGAUGAUUACGUUGGCUUAGUUUUCGUCUGCCAGGAUGAAAUCGUUGCAGAACAAAUUGCAUUGAAUUCUUUUAUCUUUUUUGCAGAGUUGCAUGCUAUUUAUUUAGCUUUAAAGUAUAUAAAUAGGAAAGGUCAUCGUUCCUGUGUUAUUUACAUUGAUUUAGUUAGUGCACUUCAGGAUUUGAGCUCAUGUGAAUUUAGUUGUCACUCUAUAGUGAUUAAAAUUCGUAAGCUCUUAUGCCAUCUUACUGCGAGUAAUUUCUUUGUAAAAUUUUGUUGGGUCCCAGGCCAUGUAGGUAUAAAAGGGAAUGAAGAAGCCGACUCAGCUGCAAAGUCAACUACUUCUUUACAGCAUACAAUGCAUAUUGAAGGAGGCGAUUUGAAGCUAGUAGUUAAAAAACGACUAGCAGAGAGAUGGGAAAACGUGUGGAAUGCACAAGUUCACAAUAAACUACAUGAGAUCAAGCCAAAUAUAGAAAAUUGGACACAUAAUAAACAGUAUGACAGGAGAUCUGAAGUAAUUCUUAGUCGUUUGAGAAUUGGGCAUACUCGGUUGACUCAUCAAUACUUUUUGAAGGGUGAAGACCAGCCAGUAUGUGAGUAUUGCAACUGCUUUCUAAGUGUAAAACACGUUCUUUGCAACUGCACAACUUUUGAUUAAAGUCAUAGACAGCAUUUUGGAAAUGCAAGUUUGAGAGAGAUUUUGGGCCAGAGGCCAAAUCUUGACAAAUUAUUGA